CCCGGAAAGACACGAAUAAAGUAAACCAAAAUAUCCCAGACUGUGACAACCCAAAAUGUUUCGACUACAACUCAGCGGUCAUGGGAGAGAAGGGCUUCCAAUCUUGACGCCGUUGGUGGGAAGUUGGGAGUUUCCAAGAAAAGUUGGAGUUUCCAAAAAGACUGUCAACAGGAAGAAGGCGGUCAAAAAGACUUACGCUUCGAACACACCGACUGUGUUAUGCGUUUCGAUACACCAAAGUACAUUAAUUUCCAAUGGAAUGCUGCAUUUGCCUUGCAGCGUUGCAGAAGCAGUUGCAGUGCGUUCUGUGUCAAAUUGUAUGCGUAGACUUGACAGAAAGUAGAACAAAUAUUAACGUUUAAUUUUUUUUGCACACAUAUUCGGUAAAAAUGUGGGAUUACAUAAAAACAGUUUGAUUGCAUAAUUUCUUUACAUUUUGUAUUAAUUUAUUUGCCAAGUAUAUUAUUUAUUCGAUGACAGCCACAAAUUAAUUGUGAGAGCCUAUAAUAUAAUUUCCCUCCAAAAUGCAAUAAUAAAUAGUCAAGAUAGCGGAGUAGGCUCUUUCAACAAUGAGACCAACGUUGAGGAAGGUGGUCUUGAUCGCGCUGUUGGGCCGGGACCAGCCCCGCCGAAAGCGCAGGUCUGUGUGGGUCCAGAGAUGGUUAAAGUCCCUAAAGCAAGCAGGGGAGUUCCACCGUCUAAUUCAAGAGCUUCGACUGUUUGGAGAGGAAUUCCGAAGUUACUUUCGUCUGGACCGAAGCCAGUUCGAUCACCUGCUCCAGAUGGUUGGAGCCAGGAUCACCCGGAUGGAUACCAACUACCGGGAGUCCAUCAGCCCAUUUGAACCCCAUGGCGAUUUGUCUCCGGGAAGCUACAUUCUAAUUCUUGGCGACAGGGGACUCCUACAGGACCCUAGGAUUCAGCUUCCGAGUUGGACGGUCCACGGUGGCAGGCAUUGUCCCCUCUGUGGCACAAGCCAUUUGGGACUGUCUGGUUGGUGAAUACAUACCUGUCCCCAAGGAGGAAGACUGGAGGGCCAUCGCUGCCGAGAUCCUAGAGAGGUGGAAUUUCCCCAACUGUCUUGGCUCUAUUGACAGGAAACAUGUAGUAAUCCUGGCUCCACCGUGCUCAGGUUCGCAAUUCUACAACUACAAGGGUACAUAUUCAGUUGUACUCUUGGCUGUAGUAGAUGCCAUCUACUGUUUCCGUGUUGUCGAUGUUGGUGCUUACGGCAAGGGAAGUGAUGGCGGGACCCUCCGGGACUCUGCCUUUGGCCAGGCACUUCAGGAUGGCACCCUGGAUAUUCCACCACCUGCAUCACUCCCUGGGGCUGAAGACCUGGGACCUGUUCCCCACGUCUUCGUCGGCGAUGAGGCCUUCCCUUUAAGACCCAACCUCAUGAGGCCCUACGCUGGACGCCAGCUGCCAUUGCCAAAGCCUGCAAGGAUCUUUAACAAACGACUGUCCAGGGCAAGGUUAGUUGUUGAAUGCGCCUUUGGGAUUCUGGCAGCCCGAUGGAGAAUGUAUCGGAGAGUGCUUGGUCUCAGCCCCUCAAAUGUCGAUGCCUGCGUGAAGACCACGUGUUCUCCACAACUACCUGCGGAGGGAUGUCUGCACUGCCUCAAUGCUGCAUCUGUCUCGAUGACUUCACCAAUCCAGUCUCUAUCCCCUGUGGCCAUCGCUUCUGCCUGGGCUGUAUCGGGGAGUACUGGAGACUCCAUGGUGCCUGCCAGUGUCCUCUCUGUAUGACAUGUUUCCCCAUAAGGCCACAGCUAAAAACGAAGCCAACCCUACAUAAUGUUGCACCGCGGGAGGAAAUCCAAGCCGCACUCAGAGCAGGUGAGGUGCCCUGCGAUAUCUGUCCAGAAAAGCGGUGUAGAGCAGUGAAGUCAUGUCUGGUGUGCCUGGCCUCGUACUGUGAGAUGCACCUGGAGCCUCACUACAGGGACUCGGCUCUAGGGCGCCAUCCACUGGUCACUGUGUGGAAGAACCUGGAUGAGCCUGUCUGUAGACUCCACGGGAGGCAGUUGGCCAGGUUUUGUCGGAGCGAUCAGACCUGCAUCUGUGCUAUGUGUGUCCAGACUGAUCACAGGGGUCAUCGGGUGGUCACCAUCGCCAUGGAAGCAACAAAAAGAAAGGUUAAGCUAAAGAAGUCCAUGAUAAAGUUUCAGCAGAUGAUCCAGGAGAGACUGAAGAAGAUGGAGGACCUCCAACAAUCAGCGGAGCUCGUUGACGUGACUGAGGAGAAGCAGAAAGCAGCAGAGAGGCGGGCUGAGGGGCUCGUCAAAGAGAUGGAGCAGGAAAUCACUGAGCUACAGAGGAAAAGCACUGCGCUGGAGCAGCUCUCACACACCGAGGACCACCUCACCCUUCUGCAAAGAUUUCCAUCACUGUCCACUCCUCUACACAACAAGGACUGGUCACACAUCAUCAAGUCCCUGAUCCAAGAACUACAGGGGAAACUAGAAAUAUCCUCAAGAGAUAGUAGAAAACUACAUUGAGCCUCCUCCUAAAAUAAGACAUGUCUUUUUACUCAGGAACAUUUUAUGAUUGUUUAACAUCGUUCGGCCAUUUUGUCUGUCCUCAAGUGAUUUUUACAAUGAGAAAUAUCGGGAACUUAUUUGUUCAUUGUAACCUUGACUUAGCAUUUUACCAAAGGAAAUGUGACUUUAAUGUGUAUCACUUAUGCUCAUGUCGAGUUUAUCAUUGUGCCUAUCCUAUCCACAGUGUGCAGCCAUGGUUGAUUAUUUAUGUCUCGUUACAAUUUGACCAGAGUAAAUGUGAAUGUGAUUGUAAUUUAUUUAUAUAUAUAUAUAUAUAUAUCAUUUAUCUUAGAAUGUAUUCAAAAUGUUUAGUACCGUGCCAGAGAAAGUAUGACCACCAAUCAAGUAUUAUGCAGGUUUGUACGAAUUUGUGAUUGUGCAUUUAGCAGAGUUUGUCAUUGGAUUAAAUAAAUACUGUAGCCUAUCGUUA